AUGUCGUCCUCAACGACAGCCGCACCAGCACAGGAAGAGCCGUUUCAUGCGCUCUACAUCCACACGCACGAUGUCUCUCGCUCGCUCAAGCCGUCGGCCGACGGUGAGCUCGCACACGCCAUCCACCAGACGCUGCACUUUGCACUCGACGGUCAUCCGGACGACUACACCCCCGCCGCCGCGAACUCUGGCGCAGGGUCGGGCUGUGAUCCUCUAGCCACCAUGCCUACCUCGUCCGCGCCCAACGGUUCGUCGUCGGCGCUUGCCGUCAACAAGGGCUUUGCGGCGACGGGCGAUGCAGAGAGGCCGUACAUCUCGUACUACUGGGACGCGCACAGCGGGACAUUGGCACUGCCCAAUCCUGCGACGAUUACGAACCCCGUCGCGGAUCCGUGCUCGCCCGACCAUCGCAGCUCGUACGAGAUCACGGCCAAGUUCUUCUUUCUCGACGAGGUGGAUGCGGGCUUGGUGGACGAGGCGCUUACGAGGCUCACGCGCACAACGGGCAUCAUCACCAUCGACACGCUCGUCCUGUCGUUCCCCACGCUCGAUCUCGACUCGAAAACGUCCACGUCGACCGAGGCGAUUGGCCAAGUCGCACAGGUGUGGCAACACGUCUCGCAAAACCCGCAGCUCUUCUCGCUGGGACUGGCCGACAUUUCGCCGUCGAGCUUGGAGGCAUUGCUAGGUUCGCUCGAUCCGCCGGUUCAGCCGCCAUCGAUGCCGCUAUUCUCGCCUGCCAUUCCGCUGUCGAGCACGACGGAUGCUGCGUCGACCAGCACUGCUGAGCCGGAACUCGCCUCGGCCGAUGUAGCUUCGCGCGAUGUAUCGACCGAGGGCACGUUUUGGAACAUCGAGUACUCGCUCGUCAGCACCGCACGGCGACCGCGACUCGUGUCGAUCAAUGUCAAGCAGGACCCGUGCGCGUUUGAUCGCCACUUCAGCCAGUACUGCGCAAGCAUGGGCAUCCAGCUCGUAGCCCACAGCGACAGGCGCGAUGUCUUGCCACAAAGAACCCUCCCUGCACUCAUGGACGAGUUCGAGCACAAGAUGCCCAAAAAGGCUCCCAAGCGCUUGAGGCCAAAGUGGGCCCUCAAGUAUACCACGCUGAUCAGGGACAGGGGCGUCUUGGCGGAUAAGGGGUACAUUGUCUUUGUUGCUGCCGAGUAG